UUUCCACAAUACCUCGCGGCCGCGGCCGCCGCCACUGACGGCCUGUCGCAAACGCGGCGCCUCCUCCGGGCCUCCGCGGCGCCCCGCUCCGGCCAUGCCCCCCAAGAAGCCCCCGCCCGUGGCGGGCAACAAGAAGGCCGACCAGAAGAAGAAGGAGAAGAUCAUCGAGGACAAAACCUUUGGUUUAAAGAAUAAGAAAGGAGCAAAGCAGCAGAAGUUUAUCAAGGCUGUGACCCAUCAAGUGAAAUUUGGUCAGCAAAACCCACGACAGACUGCUCAAACAGAUGCUGACAAGAAAUUUAAAAAAGAUGACAAGAAGAAAGAAUUACAGGAGCUGAAUGAACUUUUCAAACCUGUAGUUGCUGCCCAGAAAAUCAGUAAAGGUGCCGAUCCCAAGUCAGUAGUCUGUGCUUUCUUCAAGCAAGGGCAGUGCACAAAAGGAGAUAAGUGCAAAUUUUCUCAUGACUUGUCUUUGGAGAGAAAGUGUGAAAAGAGAAGUGUGUACAUUGAUGCACGAGAUGAAGAGCUUGAAAAGGACACAAUGGAUAACUGGGAUGAGAAGAAGUUGGAAGAGGUGGUGAACAAGAAGCAUGGUGAGGCCGAAAAGAAAAAACCCAAAACACAAAUAGUCUGCAAGUAUUUCCUUGAUGCUAUCGAAAACAAUAAGUAUGGAUGGUUUUGGGUCUGUCCUGGUGGUGGAGACAACUGUAUGUACCGCCAUGCACUUCCUCCUGGCUUCAUACUCAAAAAAGACAAAAAGAAGGAAGAAAAAGAAGAAGAAAUUUCUUUAGAAGAUCUAAUAGAAAAAGAGCGUGCUGCUUUAGGACCAAAUGUUACUAAAAUUACGUUAGAGUCUUUCCUUGCGUGGAAGAAGAGGAAAAGACAGGAAAAGAUUGAUAAGGAUGAACAAGAUAUGGAAAGAAGGAAAGCUGACUUUAAGGCUGGCAAAGCAUUGGUGAUCAGCGGGCGAGAAGUAUUUGAGUUCCGGCCUGAGCUGGUGGAUGCGGACGACGAAGAGGCAGAUGAUACUCAUUAUAUUCAGGGCACUGGCGAAGAUGAGGUCAGUGAGCUUGUGAACAUAAACGAUGUGGACUUGAACCUUUAUGUUCCAAAAGCAGUGGAUGAGACUGGAAUUACCGUAGCUAGUCUGGAACGAUUCAGCAUGUAUUCUUCAGUUGAAAAAGAUGAUAACAAGCUGAGCGAAGCAUCAGGAGGUGGUCUGGAGAACGGAGAACAAAGUGAUUUGGAAGACGACAGUGACAUUGAAGACACUCAGGAAAAUGGAAUCAUAGAUGCCGUUCCAGUUGAUGAAAACCUUUUUACUGGCGAGGACUUGGAGGAACUAGAAGAAGAACUAAACACACUUGACUUAGAAGAAUGAAUGAUCAAAUUCAAAUAUGAAUUUAAAUCUCCUUGACAAAAUGAAUACCGGCUCCAUCUUAUUUAUCUGCAGUUUCUUAAAUGCAGUGUUCUUGGUUCCUCAAGUGAUUAUGGAAAGAACAUUAAACAUCUUUUCCCCCCCACAACUUUUUUGUGAUUCAGUGUUAACUGCCGCUUCAUAAGCCACCCAGUCAAGACACUGAGAGGAUUCUAACAUACAAUCUCAUGAUAAUGAGAUUCCAAUUAAAAGCAGGGGUCUAACUAUUUUCCUAGGAUGUAUGAAGGGGGAAUAUUGCUGCCAGGAUGUAAGAAGAGGGAAUAUUGCUGCCAGGCAUACAAGAAUAUUGGAACACGAUCCUUCCGCAGAGCUGCUUUUUGAAUGAUUAUAUAACAGUUUGAACUAUGUGCUGUAAAUCAAGAUUGCAGAUCGAAAUGGCCAUGCUUUGGCAAGCUCUGAAGUUGCUUAGAUUGUUUACGACCAGACAGGUGACGGAGGUAAAGCUCCAUAACGGGACACGACUAUGGGGCCCUCCAUUUAAGUUUUACACUGAACCCGCAAAGGUGUAAAUAAAGACUCUUGAUUGAAAAAACAUGUUGGCUCUACAUUUAGUGUAUGACGCAUGUUUUGCAAGUAUGCAUUAGACCUUUAACUGUGGCAACACUGUAGGUAUGAGCUGCAGCUGACGCUGCAGUCUCUAGAUUCACACGGAGCAGCAAACAGCAUAUUGUCCUUCCUCUGCCUUCCAUUGUUUCCAAGUGUGUGGGAAACGUUACCCGUCCUUUACUUGCUUCUUUCUGGUUUCCCUACUCUUGCAUGCAUCCUUUGGUCGAUAGUGGAAAUUUGUAAGGAUUUGGAGAGAUUUCAGAACUGGUUAUACUCAAGUUCUGUUUCAAGUGAACCGUUAAAGGAGUGGAGUCCUACAUUUCAUACCUAGAACAAAAGCGAAGCAGUAGUUUGGAACUGCCGUUUUUACAGUGUGGUAUGAAGUGACAUCAGGUCCAGGUACUUUUAUCAUUAGCAAUCAGUGUAUCUCUCGUAAGCAGAGUAGAGAAGUGUUCCGGGCAGGACAGACAGCAAGAACCGAAAUGAGAGAAUUCUGAAAUGUGUUACAUUUCUGGUGGGUCGGAGCUUAGGAGCUGAGUCUCGUUUAAUUUCAAAAAUGAUUUUAUCUGAUCGUUUGGUAAGGACAAGUUGAUAUUGCAGUAUGGCUCAAGUAUUUGUAGCCGAAAGCACUAGAUUGAUUUGGCAAAUGUUCUUUGAAGGGAGAGAUUUGUUGUUAACCCUGGAAGGUAGAGUUGUCGUGAUUGGUCACCUGAGUUCUGAUAAUACGAGAAUUUAAUGUUAAAAUGACCCAUAAAAUACAACGUCCAGAGGUUGAGAAAUUCAAGUUAUGGACUAGUCUGCAAAAACAUUGCUGGCGUUCUGUCAUGGUGCGUCCCAAUUAAAAUACAAAAUCUAGGUCUCCCUAAACCUCUUUCUUCAGUUGCCCAUCUGUCUCUAAAUUAUUUUUCAUUGCUUUUCUUUGACCUUCACUUCCUUGUUGACACUUCUCAUCCUCUUGUUCUAUUGAAGCCCUUUUAGAUAAUCACUUGUUCCUUCACCUUGAUUUUAUACAAAGCAGAAUUGUGGAUUUUUUAUUCAUGCGAUUUUAUUUUUAAAAAGCGCUUGCAUUUUUUUUUUUAGUCCUGCUAUAUAUGCUUGUUACUUUUAAGGAAUAAUGAGUAGAUAGUUGGGUAUCUUGCUGUUUCUUUUUUCUUUCGCUGUUGUAAUUUUUAAAAUCUUUCCCUGGCUAAACAAACUCUAAAGAAGCACAAGUGGUUCCAUUCAUGUGUUUUUCCUGAAAGUGAUUUUGCCCACUGAAAUAUAGUAGAUUGACUUUU